AUGGCCGUCCCGUGCGCCUUGAUCGCCAGCUGCGCCGCGGGCUUCCCCGGGGAGGAGCUGGCGAAACGAGGAGGAGGAGGAGAAGAGCUUGCUGAGCAUAUUGCCGCAGAGAGCGGAGCCCGGUUGUACCCCUGGACGAUAGACAAUAAGUAUUACUCGGCUGCCAUCCAUCUCUGCGUGGUGGCAAAUGUGUUUCAGGUGUCGGCGGAAAUUGCAGAGUCCAUUCAGGCUUUCCUGGUUUACUUCGACAGCACCACAGUAUCGGGGCUGGAUGCUGCCUCUCAGUGGCUUCCUCUUAUAGAAGACUGGCUACCAGAAGUGAUGAUCUUGGUCUGUGACAGAGUCUCUGAAAAUGGUGUCCCCCGGCAGAAGGCCCAAGAGUGGUGCAUCCAGCACAGCUUUGAGUUGGUGGAGCUCAGCCCAGAGGAGCUUCCGGAUGAGGAAGACGAUUUCCCAGAAUCUACAGGAGUGAAACGAAUCAUCCAGGCCUUGAAUGCCAACGUCUGGUCAAACGUGGUGAUGAAAAACGAGGCAAGCCACAGCUUUGGCCUUUUCCCAGCCUUAGCAGGGGCAGAUCGCAGGAUCGGGUCAGAAGAGAACAAAGCUCCAGAAGCCAACUGUUUGCCGCCGGCCGAGAGGGCCCAAGCUGUGGUGGAUUCAGAAGCUGUGGCUCCUGCGGAUGGAGCCCAGGGUGACCCCAUUGCUGACCCAGCGCUGGACACGGACAUUCAGGAGCUUGCUAGCCUCACCGCAGGAGAAGGAGACAUUGAGAACUUUGAGCGACUCUUCUCCAAGCUGAAGGAAAUGAAAGAAAAGGCUGCCACUCUGCCUCGCGAACAAAGAAAGCUGCAUGCCGAAAAGGUUACCAAAGCCUUCUGGAUGGCCAUCGGGGGAGACCAGGAUGAGAUCGAAGGCUCAUCUUCCGACGAGGGCAACUAAGGAUGGGGGUUUGCAGACUGGAACGGGACUCUGGUUUUGAACGUGCGACAGUGGUUGGCUGCCACCACGAGACUUAGUUCAUUCCUGUCCUUCAGCAUUGAAAAGUAGCUGCCUCCGUUGUCCCCUUGUCUGGACUUACCAAGGGGAUUGUGGACCUUCAAGUGAACAGAGCCUGUUCUCAGUUAAAGGAGAAGCUGCACCGUGUCUUUGCAGCUGCUGCUUUGGGAUAGACCAAGCAUGGUUCCAUUGCCUUCUACCUUGUCUUCAUAUCAAAAUACAGACUGAAAUCUGGAGGGGAAUGUUUGUAGAAAGUUAUCUGUUAGUUUAGGAAUCUUGAUGUCCCUAGACCCUUAAAAGGGGAGAAAUGCU